AUGCGCGAAAUUCGCCCGGUGGCACUCGCCAGCCUCGCGAUCCUCCUCGUCGAGCACUGCACCACCGUGACGCUCACGCGGUACGUGUCGCAGCGUGUUGACGCACCACGGCCGGCCUCGUCGGUCGCCGUGCUCGUCACCGAGCUCCUCAAGGCGCUCCUGUCGGUGGCGCUCGAGCUUACGGCGUGCGGUGGGCUUGGCACACGCUCUUCGCCGGGCGAGAUGGUCACCAGCGUCUUAGGCCGCCGAACAGAGCUCCUGAGAGUGUCGGUGCUCUACCAGGUCAAGCUGCUGCUCACCGCCCUCCUCGCCGUCUUCUUCCUCGGCCAGCGCCUCUCUGCCCAGCGCUGGUUCGCCCUCCUCGUCCUCACCGCCGGAGUCAUCAUCGUCGAGCUCUCCACCUCUGACACGCCGCCGCCGCCGCCUCCAAAGCCGCCACUCCCGCACAGGCGCGGGCGACACGCUCCUGCCUCGCUCGACCUCGGUCGCAGCAGCUGCUACAACGUUGGCGCCGCGGCGGCGCUCGUGUCGGCGGCGCUCUCCUCCUCUGCGGGCGUCUAUUUUGAGGCCGUGCUCAAGAAAGAGGAAGAGGGGCGAGCGGUGUCGCUCUGGGCGCGGAACCUGCAGCUCUCGGUGGCGUCGAUCCCGCUCGCCGCCCUCGCCGUCGUGGCGCAGUGGCGGCCCCGCCACUCCUCGAUCCGCUCCCACGGCCUCUUCGCCGGCUUCGACGCGCCUCUGCUCGCCCUCGUCCUCCUCAACGCGGCGGGCGGCCUCGUCGUGGCGGCGGUGAUCAAGUACGGCGACAACAUCCUCAAGAACUUCUCGACCGCGUGCAGUGUCAUCCUGGGCACCCUCCUCUCCGUCGUGCUCUUCGACUUUCGACCCGGCCUGCAGUUUGUGGGGGGCGGUGCGCUGGUGGCGGCGGCCACCGUCAUCUACGCGUUUGGGAGCCCCGGCGCACGGCCACCGUGGCAGCAGAAAGCCACGGCCGAGGCGGACGCCUCCAGCGACGAGGGUGAGCGGGCGCCGAUGGUCUCGACGCGAAGCGAAGGCGGCAACUCGCCGAAAGGCUCUCGGAGCCUUCGGCCGCCAGCCGACCCUUUGAUCGCAGAAAGCAGGAACUAUCAGCAGGGCGGCCACCCGGCAGGGGGCGUCGCUGUGUAA